CUUGCGAUUCAGCGCUCCUGUUUCUCAAGCCUCAAUGCGUUUCGCAAGUAUUCUCGUCGCUGUUCUUGCCGGUGCCAACCUUGAUGGGACAUUGGGCGAAAGCUGCCGCGUUGUACCUCACGUAAAAGUCAUGAGCUUCAACCUUCGCACGUCGCUUGCCAAUGAUCCAUGUCCGAGCGGCUGCUGGGAACAACGCAAAUGGCGCGCCAAAAAGCUUGUGGAGAAGUAUGGACCUGAUCUCAUCGGCACCCAAGAAGGAGCUCCUGACCAAAUCCAGUUUUUCCAAAAUGAACUUAAGCUCGCGAGCACGGGCGACUGCGCGGGUGACUGCCAGUGGAAUGAACGCGACAGCAUUUUCUACAAAGCUGAUCGCUGGGAACUGUUGGAGACGUCCACGUUCGCUUUGAGUGAUACCCCCGAUUUGAUUCCCUCAAAUACAUGGAACCUCCAAUACCUACGUGCUGCGGUCAUCGCACGCUUUCGUGACAAGACUUCUAGCCGUGUCGUGUGCAUGCUGAACACGCACUUUGACAUAAGCCUCGGUCAACCUCAGUCAUCUGUUCUGGUCGCGAACCGAUUGAGUCAUCUUUGCCAGUCCGAAGACACGGUUAUUAUGACUGGAGACUUGAAUACUGUCCCUCAGAGCUCCGCCGUUCAGUAUCUUGCUAAUGAGGGCCCCAUCGAUGGAGGCUACACUCCAAUACCGAUGUAUGACACACUGACUGCUGCGGGCUCCGGGGGGCCUACAUGGAUUGGAUCUUCCUUCGGAAGCAUACCAGCGGGAAUUAAGUUCGACUACAUUUUCUCUCGGCGCGACGACCACACUUGCCUGCGUAACGAGCACGCACUGUCAGUAUACUAUUCAUACUAA